GAGCCCAGUAGCAAUCAUCACCUGCAGCGCGCCGGCCGCCGGCGCUCACCACCAGUCACCGUCGCCGGCGCCCGCUCAAUCCCACGCGCCACGCCUCUGCGGUCUCCACACUUGCCGGCUCCUCCAGUUCAAGGGCCACCCGCCGCUGCCUGCUGCUACUGCUGCUGCUGCUGGCGACCGGAGAUGGACGGGGAGGAGAACAUCGGCCCGUUCCGCCGGACCAGCGCCCGCACGCGCCGGAUGGCCUCGCGCAUGGCUUCCGCGCUCGCCAGCUCUGACAACCGCGCCCAGGCUGCUUUAGCUCGCCUUGAAGCUCUUGAGAGCGACAAUGCCGGGGUUGAGGUGGUACAUCUUAAUGAUGAUGAGUACGGAUCCACGGAUGAGGAAGACCCUGUCCUUAUGCAAAAGAAGCAGUCGAAGAUUAUGAAACGCAAGACAAGGCAAGGGAAAGCUUUGGAGAAAAAGGCAGCAAGAUCAUUCAUGGGUGUCUUACAAGAAGCAAAUCUGGAAUCCCUUCCUCCUCAUGUCCCAACAUAUUUGAGGGCUGCCAUGGGUCCACCUAGCACUUCAUCUCGACGGCACUACUGCUCAGUUUGUGGUAGUUCUGCAAACUACACAUGUGUGAUGUGCGGAACACGGUUCUGUUCUUGCCGCUGUCAAGUCAUACACAAUGAUACACGCUGCCUGAAAUUUGUGGCUUGACCAACAGGAUAUACAAGCUACAUUGCAUGUGAAAUUAAUCCUGAAUUGUCGUGUUUCACGGGAGACGGGAGAUGUGUGGCUUGCGCUGGAUGCUGCCACACUUCCCAUUGGUACGAUGCAUGUGUGUGCCUGUACAUGUGGACUGGAUGCUGGCUGAUUAGCUAGGUAGCAUCUUCGUUGAUGCACAGGCUACCAUGGCGGCUACAACAGUUAAUGUACUAGCUGCAGGCGUGCUUGUUGUUGUGUGUGGUUUCAGCUUGACAACUCCGAGAAACAGGCACAUAUCAUGAUUGUGUGGUUAGUUUGAGCUUGAUUACCCCGUCGUUUGGUAGCCAGCGGCAUAGCGCUACCUGAGAGUGUGCUUGCUUGCUCCUUGUGUGUGGUUUUCAGUUCAGCUUGCAUUGGCUACCAUACCCAUGUUGGGACGUAGUAGUAGUAGUAGCAGCAAAUAAGCAGCUGCUGCCCGAGUCCAGUGUGAGUGUGUGGCUCAUUGGGAGCAUCUUGGGCUGCGUAAGGUGUGCUUAGUAGAGGAGCACCAUUGGGGCUGGUUUUGGCUGUAUUUGUUUGUGAUAUGCUGUCAUUCGUGAUGAUUAAUGAACCAGAAGGGCAGCCUAUACUUAUGGUGCCUCUGUUAUGCACAUGUGUACGAGUGAACCAUGAAGCUUUCUCUUCACUUUAAAUGGAUGCAGCGAAUUUGAAAA